UGUGUACGAUGAUCAGGGUAACGGGAGGCGCUUGCAGAACGACCUUCACCUCACGUUAUUUAUACACCGAUUGGUUCCGCGCAUCCGAGUUACCGAACACCUGAAACAGAGAACCGUAUAUAUUUACGUUUAUCGCAGUUACGAAAAGAAUCACACAUGUCGCUUAACGAAGAACAAAAUCUAGCAGUUCAAAGGGCGCUGGAAGGCCACAACAUUUUAAUUCAUGGCCCUGCAGGAACGGGAAAGUCGUAUGUUAUCAAGCAAAUCAUUGACACUAUCAAAAAGACACCUAAAAAGCUGUCUGUCACAGCAACAACAGGCAUCGCGUGCAUUGCUUAUCCGGAUGCCAUGACCAUCCACAAGUGGUCCGGAUAUGGCGACGGACGAAAUAAUAAAAAGGAAAUUGCAGAAUUAGUACAACACAAUAGACAUUACAUGGAAUGCAAACAAAGAAUUAUUGAAACUGAUAUCUUAAUCAUUGAUGAAUGCUCCAUGAUGAGUAGAAAACUAUUUGAAUGUCUGGACUCUAUUUGUAGGAUAAAAAACUCAAACUUGCCAUUUGGUGGCAUUCAACUCAUUUUAGCCGGUGAUUUUCGCCAACUACCCCCAGUUUCUAACCCUAUUUUCAGUGACAAUGGUGAAUUUUGUUUUUUAAGUCCAUUAUUUGAAGUAAUAACACACAGGUUGGAGCUUAGGCAAGUUGUCAGACAAAGUGAACUCCAGCUGAUAGACGCUAUUGCACAAUGUUCUAUGGGUAAUCCAACCAGUGAUUGUGUUAAAUUUAUUCAAAGCCUUGCCCGACAGUUACAGAGCCCAGAUGCUGCAACAAAACUUUUUUCAACAAAUGAACAAGUUGACGAAUACAACCGUACUAAAAUUAUGGAAUUUCCAGGACAGCUGUAUGAAUUCCUGUCUGCAGACACUGGUGAACGGAAUUUUCUAUCACAAAUGAUUAUACCAAAACAUCUUUGGUUAAAAAUUGGAGCCCCUGUUAUUCUGAUGAGGAACCUCAGCGAUAAGCUGGUGAAUGGACUGAAAGGCGUGGUGUCUGCAAUUACGGAAGAGGGUCCAAUUGUUAAAUUUGGAGAGAAAUCAGUUCCUGUUCCAAGAAUGAAAUGUUCUGUUUUCAGUCCUUCAAAGAACCAUGAUGUUGCUGUUCGAGAGCAGUAUCCAUUGAAGCUUGCUUUUGCCAUUAGUAUCCACAAGUCGCAAGGCAUGACCCUUGAAAGUGUGGAAAUCAAUUGUAAAGGCAUAUUUAAGCCGGGCCAACUUGGAGUAGCACUGGGAAGGGCGCGUACCACAGAUGGAGUGAGAGUGGUGAACUUCACGCCCAGUGUUUGUUUGAAGCAACCCUCUGUAGUUCAAGACUUCAUUCAACGUGACAAUUCUACAAGGCCAUUUCUGACAGAUCACAGCUGUUGCAGAAUAACUUCUAGAACAAGGGAAGAUAAUGCUGAGCUUUCAAACGUUACAGUUGAGAACCUGCUUACAUCAGAGGCUGAUAUUGACAUUGGUGAAAAUGAAAGUACCUCUGAAGAAUUCGAUGAAGAAUUUGACAACAUCAUCAAAAGUAUCGAUGAACUUCAAACUGAAAACAUUAAGUUGCCUGAAGAUUUAGAUUUAGAAGCAAUUUUACAGAAUUUAAAAUGUGAAAAUGUUGUAACACCAAUGCAGUUGAAAGCAAACAAUAUUGUAAGUAAUAUUGAUAGGGAGAAAUUUGAACACUUUGUGAAAAUAAUAUAUUCAAAAAUUAUGUCGUUCAUGGAGAGUUUAAAAAUUGAUGCAAGUAAUGUGGCACCUGUUUCUGCACAAAAGCUAACAGAAUUUUACUCAAAGAUGCAUGUUUAUCAGACAAGUGCUGAGUACAGAAUGAGUUGUUUGUCAUUCUUUAAUAAUGAAGUAUUUACAGAGGAACAUUUACAUGUGUCUUUUAAUAUUACAAAUUCGGUUCGAAUAUAUAUACUUAAAAAACAAGCUGAAAUGAUCCCAAUUACAAGUAAAAAAAGCACAGAAAGAAAAAUCACCAAUGCAGCACAGGCAAGAGUACGUUAUGUUGGUGGUUACUGUAUCGCAAAGCUACACUACAAAUAUAUACAAAAGAAAAGAAGUACCAUGUACCAAACAGACAAAGCAGAUAUGUUUCAGGAAGCUGUUAUAAGUGCAAAUAUUCUGGACAGUUUAAGAGUACAAGAGCAAGACACAAGCAUGCCAGAAACCAUGUUAGACAUUAGUAGGAGGCAAAAUCAAAACAGAUCGCUUACCAACAUCCCUGAUUCACUGUACAAUUUCUAUUGUUCUAUCACUGAACAAUCCUUAAAAUUAUUGGUUGACGAAAACCUAAAAAAACAUGGUGAAAAUAUGUUCGAAUAUUCAAAAAACACUUUAGUUGAAAAUAAAAAUUUAUAUCACCAGUUUUAUACUGCUGUGAAAGACAGUUGUCAGAAGACUGUUGACAUUUAUAAUAAUAUAAUUGACAAUCAAGAUUUUGAAAAACAUAUUUACAUUAUUUAUACAAAAUUAAUUAAAAUCUUUUUGAUGGUCAUGGUAAAUCAAUUUAGAAAAGACAUUCUGGAAAAUUUUCAAAUAAAAAAGAAAAUGUCACACAGAAAACAAAUUUUGGUGUCUACUAAAGGUGAAAAAAAGCCACGUAAAAAUAUUUCAAAAAAAAGUCCAACAGUGAUUGACAUUGAUCAACCAAGUACGUCUACACAAGUUUUAAUUAAAAAGAGAAAAAAUGAGUCGGAUUCUGACAGUGACAACUCUCCAGUGGAGGAAAACGAUGAAGUUCUUUGCCUUGUUUGUAACAAGAAAACAAAUUCCACAAACAAAGGAGCCAUAGCUAAUCAGUGGAUUCAAUGCGACAAGUGUGAAGGCUGGAUCCAUCGUUUGUGUGCUGGUCUUUCACACCAUUUGAAAUGGAAAAAGGCCCAACGUGAAGCGUCAUUGUUCUUCUGCAAACAGUGUGAAUAAAAAGUGUUUCUAUGUAAAAAGUUGCUGAGGAAUAGCUCGGACAAGAAUUGCACUAUAUGUACAAUGGAAAAUUUCAAAGGGCCAUAACUUUGUGAAAAAUCAUCCGACCAGAACCGACUGAUAAUAUGCACAUCUCCUCUUGGUAGUGAAGCUUCCCAUAAAGUUUCAUUGAAUUCCCGU